AUGUUGCGUUCAGUGGACAGGUCGUUGAUGUUGUCAACCAAGUACCUGUGCAGGACAAAGAUGGUGGACACGACGUCCAGGAGAGGGAAAGUUUUAACAAUUGAUACCAUGAACCCGCACGUGAAAAACAUUGAGUAUGCGGUUAGAGGUCCCAUUGUCACCAGAGCUGGAGAAAUUGAGAAAGAGCUUAACCAGGGAGCCAAAAGAAAUUUUGCAGAUGUUAUCCGUGCCAACAUUGGGGACUGUCACGCAACCGGACAAGAGCCCUUGACAUUUUUAAGACAGGUCAUAGCUUUGUGUGUGUACCCAAAGCUUUUGAAGGACCCCAACUUCCCAGAUGAUGCCAAGCAGAGGGCUGACAGAAUUCUCGGCUCCUGCGGAGGGAGAAGUCUGGGAGCAUACAGUGACAGUGCAGGACUUUCUGUGGUUCGAGAAGAUGCUGCAAAAUACAUUUCCGAGCGAGAUGGUAUCCCAGCAGACGCAAAUAACAUUUUCCUCAGCACCGGAGCUAGCGAGGCAAUUAGGAAUGUUCUGAAACUUUUGAUGACUUCACUUCCUGGGCAGGAUCGCACAGGAGUCAUGAUCCCCAUCCCCCAGUACCCGUUGUACACAGCAACAAUCGCAGAGUACAAUGCCUAUCCUAUUGGCUAUUACCUGAAUGAGGAAGAUAAUUGGGCAUUGAACCUAAAUGAGCUGAAGCGUGCUGUCUCUGAGGCCAGACCUCACUGCAAACCUCGGGCCAUCUGCAUAAUUAAUCCUGGAAACCCUACAGGCCAAGUGCUGACCAGGAAAAACAUUGAAGACGUCAUCAAGUUUGCUAAAGAUGAAAACCUGUUUAUUAUGGCAGAUGAG